GUGAGUGCAUCUGUCCAUUGCUGCUGCUGCUACUGCUGCUGCUGUUCCGCCGCCGCCACCACAUCCUUCACUGACAUUGGAACCCAGCUUCUUGGGCCUUCCAGUGUGGACUGAAGAGCAGAAGCUGUCCAGGUGUGCUCUGGGCCUUUGGCACCUGAUUGAAGCUCCUGAGGCUUCCAGCCUUGUGGACGGAUCCUCUCCAUCAUGGAGACAGCCAUUGUUGGACUAUCCAGGCCGGAUCAGGAUCUGGUGAGCUUUGAGGAUCUGGCUGUGAACUUCACCCAGGAAGAGUGGGAUUUGCUAGAUCCUUCUCAGAAGAUUCUGUAUGGAGAUGUGAUGCUGGAAACCUGCAGGAACUUCACUGCCAUAGGAUAUGAAUGGGAAGACCAUACAAUUGAAGACCAUCAUGAAGAGCCUGAAAUAAAUUUAAGGCAUAUCAUAUCUCACUCUGAAUAUACACAGUAUGAACCUGAGGACUGUGAACAAAAGCCACAGGACUCUAAUUAUCUUACAAGGAUAGAAGGAUACACGGAAACUCAGACUUCGAGUGGACCUUCUGUGUGUGAGGUAUGUUUAAAGACCUUUGGACUCUAUCAUCUCACUUACAAUGGACAUCACAACUACGACUACAAGGAAAUUGGAGGAAGCCAGACGGAUGAAAAUGAUUAUGAUAAUCAGUGCGAUAAAACUUCCAGUUCCCUUCAAAAACAAGAAAAAAAUCAUACUGGAAAAAAACUGUAUGUGUGUCAAGAGUGUGGUAAAGCCUUUAGGUAUCCCAGUGCCCUCCAGUUACAUGAAAGAAUUCAUACUGGAGAAAAACCCUAUGAGUGUAAAGACUGUGGGAAAGCUUUUAGAGGUCUCAGCGCCCUUCAUUUGCAUGAAAGGAUUCAUACCGGAGAAAAACCCUAUGAGUGUAAACAGUGUGGCAGAGCCUUCACGUAUCUCAGUGCCCUUCAAUUACAUGAAAGAAUUCAUACUGAGGAAAGACCCUGUGAGUGUAAACAAUGUGGGAAAACCUUUAGAUAUAGCAGGGCCCUCAAAUUGCAUGAAAGAAUUCAUACUGGAGAAAAGCCCUAUGAAUGUAAGCAAUGUGGGAAAUUCUUUAGAAGUCACAGGACCCUUAAGUUACAUAAAAGAAUUCAUACUGGAGAAAAACCCUAUGAGUGUAAAGAAUGUGGGAAAGCCUUUAGAUGGCUUACUUCUCUGAAGUUACAUGAAAAAAUCCAUACAGGAGAAAAACCCUAUGAGUGCCAGGAGUGUGGGAAAGCCUUCCGGUGUCAGGCUUCCUAUCAUAGACAUAAAAUAACUCAUGGUGGAGAAACACUGUAUGAGUGUAAAGAAUGUGGUAAGUCCUUCAUUUACCCCUCUUUACUUCAAGUGCAUGAAAGAACUCACACAGGUGAAAAGCCUUUUGAGUGUAAGCUGUGUGGGAAAGCCUUUAGAUGUCAAUCUUCGCUUCGAUUGCAUGAAAGAACGCACACCGGAGAAAAACCCUAUGAAUGUAAACACUGUGGUAAAGCCUUUUCAAGCUAUAAUUAUCUUCGAUUUCAUGAAAGAAGCCACACUGGAGAGAAACCCUAUGAAUGUAAAGAAUGUGGUAAAACUUUCACACAUCGCUCUUACCUUCGAUCACAUGAGAGAAGACAUACUGGAGAGAAACCAUAUCAGUGUGUUCAGUGUGGCAGAUCCUUCAGUCGGCAUAGUUCCUUUAAAAGACAUCAGUCCGUUCAUGGAGUGGAAAACGCCUAUGAAUGUCAACAAUAUCUACUUCCUUUAUCCCCAUUUUCUUCAAAUGAAUGAAAGAACAGAUAUUGGCAACAAACCCUUUGAAUGUAAACGAUGUUGCAAAAAUGUCCCCAUCCCCAUAAAACACAUGCGGGACUCAAGACAGGGAUGAGCCUUUUAUAUGUAAACUGUGUGGCAUAGCCUUUCAGGGGUCAGGGUGUCCUUCAAGUCCAUGAGGGAAUUCAUGCUGGGCAAAGUUUAUAUUUGUUACUAAUGUGGUAAGUGCCACUUGUCACACUUCCUUUCAGAGAGGUAAAUUAAUUCAUACUGGGCAAAUGCCCUAUGAAUGUACAGGAUAUGGUUAGUCUUUCAUUUAUCCCUGUUUGCCUUAAAAUCAUGAAAGUACUCAUAGUGGUGAGAAACCACACAAAUAUAAACAAUGUGGAAAAGACUGCAGGUGUCACAGGUUCUUUCAGUAGCAUGAGUGAAAUCUCAUGAUGGAGAGAAAAUGGGAAUUGAAGGUGUGUUAAAGCCUUUAGAUAUCAUUGCUCCCUUAGAUUCAUGAGUGAACUCAUACUGGAAAUAGUUUUCCAAGUGAAAAUAAAAGCUGUGAAGCCUUCAAGGUCACAGUUCUUUCAGAAACUUAUGAUGGAUGGCGGGCAGUUCUGUAAGUAUAAGGAGUGUGGGAGCUUAAUGGUUGCCAGGAGAUGGAUGUUUCCUUUACAGUGGCUGCCCAUGACUUGCCUGGGUUCUUGUAAAUACCCCCAAUUAAACUCAGUGGUUCCUCGAGCCACACUUGGGUAGAAUCAUUCUUUGUCCCUGUCUUUGGUGCCCUGUCUGAAGACCAGUAGACCUUCAUGAUGUCUUCAGACAAAGUUCACACAUAGGGACUGGUGAAGUUGGGCUGUAUUUGCAUCAGUGUGAAACAUGAGAAAGAGGGAGGCUGUGUCUUACAGUGCUGUGUGUCUGUUGGUGGGAUUGUGGUUUGCUUCAGUUGUCAACUUGAUAAAAUCUGGAACCACCUGGGAAAGGAUCUCAAUGCUGAAUUACCUAGGUUAGUUUAGCUUUUGGACACAGCUCUGAGGGAGUUCCUUACUUGGAUUAACUGAGGUAGGAAGACCCACCCUGAAUUGUGUCAGCACUAUUUUAUGGACUGAAUAAAAAGGACAAAAGGAGCUGAGCACGGGCAUUCCUUGCUGUCUGCCUUGGGACUAUGGAUAAAAUGUGCUGUGCUGUUAACUCCUGCCACCAUGUCUGGUCCACAGGAUUGUAACCUGGAACUGUGAGCUGAAAUAAACCCUUUCUCCCCUAAA